AUGGACUUAUUUAGACAGACUUUUGGAAAUAAUGAGGAGCCCUUUAUUCAGAUUCCAGGAGCUUUUAGGGAAGAACCACCUACUGAUAUGAAUGGAAGAGCAGAUGAUCAAAAUAACAGUGCAAACGAACCAACACAGAACCGGGAUAGAUACACAAAGUCGGUACUUCACUUUCUCUUCCAAGCUCCCCUGAUAGUUCUUUAUUACUUAUUGAAUUUCAUAAUCCGAAGUUCACGUCUUUUGAAACCUUUGUUAAGAUUUCAUGGAUUCUACCAGAGAAAGCACAAUCGUUUGCUAGAUCAUAGUUCUCAGUUAAAUUGUCUCUUAGAAAAUUUAGAAAACGAAUCUCAAAUUGUAACGUGUUCCGAAGCUAAUGGAAACAUUGACGAUAAUAGAAACAGUGAAGAUGCGAGGAACAAUCAAAACAGUGGAGUUCAGUUCAGUUUUGGCUCCUUGUAUAAUCCAGAAAAUGGAACGUUUUUAAAAAGUAUUAUGCAAAGCAGUUAUACUGAACUAUUGGAUGCUUGUAGUGAACAAGUAAAAUUUGGAGUAAUUUAUUUGCAUGAUCCGCUUCUGGAUAAUCAUAUGGAUUAUGUUAAUAAAAUACUGUGCUCAGAAACUUUUGUUAACAUGAUAAGGAAGUACCAGGUAUUAUUAUGGUUUGGUGAUGUCACUACUUCUGAAGGAUUACAGGUUUCAAAUGCACUAAAAAUUAGACAAUAUCCCUUACUUGGAAUAAUUUCCUUAAAAGCGGAAAAGAAAAUAGAAUUAGUUGCGAGAGUUGAAGGUUCUAUUUCUAACUAUAUGCCUCAAGAUUUGGAGACUAUAUUCUCCAAGAAUUAUCCUCGACUGAUUCAAUUGCGCCAACAAAGGCAGAAUGUUGAAAUGCAGAGAUUGAUAAGGCAACAACAGGAUUCGAGAUACCAAGAUUCUUUGAGACGUGAUCAACAGAGAGAGUCAGAAAGAUCGGAACAGAUUCAAAGAGAACAAAGGGAACGAGAGCACGAAAGAAUAGAAAAUCAAUGGCUCUUGUGGAGAAAGGGGCAGCUGAAACCUGAACCGUCUCCUGGUAAAGAUGCAAGCAAAGUGGCGAUCAGGUUGGAAAAUGGCCAGAGAUUAGUGAGAAAAUUCGACGCUUCUUUACCAACAGAAGAAAUCUAUGCAUUCGUAGAACUACAGUUACGUGGCUUAUUGGAUUCAGAAGGGCAUACUCCGUUUGUUGAACACCCUGCUAACUAUCAACACCAGUAUGGGUUUAAAUUGAUCACGCCAGUACCAAGAAGAGAGCUCGAUCCAUCUACCAAAAUAUCUGACGCUGGUGGCAUAUACCCAUCAGGAAAUAUUGUGAUGGAGCGUCUGGAAUAA